AUGGAUGACAAAGGAGACCCGGGCAGUGAUGACACCCCGAAGGCCAUCAAACCCACAAGUAAAGAGUUCAGGAAGACCUGGGGCUUCCGAAGGACCACGAUUGCCAAGCGUGAGGGCAUGGGAGAUGCUGACGUGGACACCCUGGAGCACCCGCCGCAGCAGCCCACGCAGAGCCUGUCCCUGCGGCGCAGCGGGAGGCAGCCCAAGCGCACGGAGCGGGUGGAGGAGUUCCUCACGACCGUCCGACGCCGUGGAAGGAGGAGCAUCCCUGUCUCCCUCGAGGACUCGAGUGACCCAACAUCUUGUCCGGUCACUGAUGUUGAAACAGCCUCUGAAGGGAGUGUGGAAAGCAGCUCUGAGGCCAAAAGUGGCCCCAAGUCUGGUGCCACAGGCAGUAAGGAACACCCCGCCUCUUCUGAAAAGGCAAAAGGGGGUGACGAGGACGACGAUACCUCCGACAGUGACAGUGAUGGGCUGACUUUGAAAGAACUUCAGAAUCGCCUUCGAAGAAAGCGGGAAGAGGAGCCAGGCGACAGGCCCCUGAAAGGGACGCAGAGCCGCCUGAGGAAGAAGCGGCGCGAGGAGGCCCCGACGGAAGCCGUGGAUGGCGAGGCGGGCGGCAUUGUUGAGGGCUCACCGCCUAGCGAGCUGGAGCCAGAGCCUGGCCCGGGGGCAGGCGAUGACAAGGACAGUAAGCCGGAAGGGAGAGUGGCUCAAGGCGAGCGGGAGGAGGAUCCCGCAGAGACUGUCAGGCCCAAACCCGAGUGUGAGGUUUACGACCCCAACGCUUUGUACUGCCUGUGCCGGCAGCCUCAUAACAACAGAUUUAUGAUCUGCUGUGACCGCUGUGAGGAGUGGUUUCACGGUGACUGUGUGGGCAUCUCGGAGGCCCGAGGGCGGCUUCUGGAGAGGAACGGGGAGGACUACAUCUGCCCGAACUGCACCAUCCUGCAGGUGCAGGAUGAGACGAACGUGGAAAGCACCGCGCAGCAGGAAGCCCCAUCUCGGCAUGGGGAUGCUGACGGCACAGACUUCACAAGCCUGGGAGCAGUAGAGCAAAAAUCGAGUGAAGACCAAGGAAUAAAGGGCAGGAUUGAGAAAGCUGCGAAUCCAAGCGGCAAGAAAAAGCUCAAGAUCUUCCAGCCUGUGAUCGAGGCUCCCGGCGCCUCUAAGUGCAUCGGCCCGGGGUGCGCUAACGUGGCACAGCCCGACUCGGUUUACUGCAGCAGCGGCUGCAUUCUGAAACACGCUGCAGCAACCAUGAAGCUCCUGAGUUCCAGUAAAGAACAAAAACCCAAACUCAAAGAAAAGCUCAGGACAAAACCAGAGAAGCUCAUCCUUCCAAAAUGCAGCGUGCAGGCAGGCAUUAAAAUUUCUUCUGUGCACAAGAGACCAGCUCCAGACAAAAAGGAAAGUGUUGUGAAGAAGCCCGUGGCGGCACCUGCCAGGAACGAAGGGUCCAUGAAGGACUCAGCCCCCGAGAGCAGCACGCCAUCCUGGGCAAGUGACCACAACUACAACGCUGUGAAGCCUGAGAGGCCCACAGCCGUCUCAGCACCACUGGUGUACAAAUCCGUGAAGGAUGAGCAGAGGACAAGGGAGAAGCCAGCAGCAGCCAUUACCAUGCCCAAGAAAGUGGCUCCCUCAGGCCCAGUGCUCGGCAAGCCACCUUCUUCCCUGCCCGGAAACUUCGUCUCGAAGAAGUCGCCUGCCUUUACUCCCGGGUCGGCUGCCAAGCAGGCCGUGAAGAAGUCGCCUUCUGGUUUCAAGGGCGCGGUGCCUCAGAGGCCCUGGCUGUCGUCCGCGCCUGCAGGCAGUGCUGCUGCCGCGAAGCAGCUGAGGCUGGCGCCUGUGGUGGCGUCCGCCCCGAGGAAGUUGGCCAGCCCUUCGGUGGCCGGAGGACUGAGGCGGCCCAUGGCCUCACCUGCGCCUGCAGCCUCUCCAGCCCCAGUGCGACUUGGGGCCGUGAGCCCCGCCCCGUCGCAGCCAAAUUCACAGAUUCGACAGAACAUAAGGCGCUCGCUCAAGGAGAUCCUGUGGAAAAGAGCCAGCGACAGUGACGACUUGAUCAUGACAGAGAACGAGGUGGGCAGGGUCGCCCUCCUUAUCGAGAAAGAGAUGUUCAGCCUGUUCCAGGUCACAGACAACCGCUACAAGAGCAAGUAUCGCAGCAUCAUGUUCAACCUCAAGGACCCCAAGAACCAGGGGCUGUUCCAUCGUGUUCUGCGUGAGGAAAUCUCUCUGGCAAAACUUGUGAGGAUGAAGCCAGAGGAGCUUGUGUCUAAAGAACUUGCCUCAUGGAAGGAGAGGCCAGCGAGACCCGUGACAGAGGCCAGAGUUAAGUUGCAUAACGAAAGUAAGACGACUGCUGUUAAGCAGGAAACCAUCCCCGACCUGGAAGACUCCCCCCCAGUUUCCGAUUCAGACGAGCUGCAGGAGUCGGUGCGUGCGGCCCCGGAGCAGAGCGGCGCGCCCCUCCUAGACGUCUUCAGCAGCAUGCUCAGGGACACCACCGGCCAGCAUCGCGCCCACCUGUUUGACCUCAACUGUCGAAUCUGCACAGGCCAGGUCCCCUCUGCCGAGGACGAGCCAGCCCUGAAAAGGCCAAGGCCAUCCGGUUCUGCUAAGAAGGAAGAGGCCAGGUCCAAGUGUGACAGCGCUCCCUCGGAGCCCACGCCUCCAGCCAAUGAGGGGACACCGGACAGUCCCCCCGAAGGCACUGCUGAGCCCGAGCUGAAGCACACGCCUUGCCCAGAUGCAGAGAUAAGCCAUCCCCCUGUCCCUCCAGGGCUUGGCCAUCCAGAGCCUGCGCCCCUGCAGGACUUCACCUCCUUCCCGGCUUCCUGUGGGAGCCCAGUGGUCACCACAGUCACAGUGUCUGGUAGAGACCCCAGAACUGUACCAGGUGGCGUGGGUGCAGUGACAGGCACUGUGGCAGCCCGUCCCACCAGCGGCCUUCUCCCAGAGAGCGCUCACCCAGUGGAAGCCAAACAGGACGUGUUGAAGCCCGCUCUGGCCUCCGUGGUUCUGCCCAAGUCCAUUCUGGCCAAGCCAUCCUCUUCACCUGAACCAAGGUAACUGUCCGUGUCACUGUCACCAAGCAUCAGCAUUUCGGAGUCACGGUCCCCACCAGAGGGAGACACGUCGCUCUUCCUGUCUCGGCUUGGCACCAUCUGGAAAGGAUUUAUCAACAUGCAGAGUGUGGCGAAAUUCGUCACAAAGGCGUACCCUGUUUCUGGGUGUUUGGAUUACCUCAGCGAGGACCUGCCAGACACCAUUCACAUUGGCGGGCGGAUCUCACCGAAGACGGUUUGGGAUUAUGUUGGCAAACUCAAAUCUUCUGUGUCUAAGGAGCUGUGCCUGAUCCGUUUCCAUCCCGCCACGGAGGAGGAGGAGGUCGCCUACAUCUCCCUGUACUCUUACUUUAGCAGUCGUGGCCGUUUUGGGGUUGUGGCGAAUAAUAGCAGACAUGUCAAGGAUCUCUACCUGAUCCCACUGAGUGCUCAGGACCCCGUCCCAUCCAAACUCUUGCCUUUUGAGGGACCAGGUAAGCGCCAGCUUUCUGGGUGGUAA